AUGAAGAAUUGGUGGGAGGAAGGAUUGAUUUACCAAAGCGAUCCAGAUGACCCCGAUUUCGAACCUCCAGAGAGUGACAUUGAAGCCGACGAUGGAAGUGAUAGUGGUGAUAGCGGAGUCGAGGAGGACGAAGCCACCAGAAUCGAGGGAGACGACGUCGGGAUAGAUGGAGACAGAGCUUCUGAUGGAGAGGAGAAUAGAGAAGACGAUGGUGACAUAGCGUCUGAUGGAGACGUCAAUCUAGAAGACGAUGGAGACAGAGAUGAAAGUCAAAAGAAGAGGACUACCAAAUCGAUUUGA